GAGACUUCUGGGAAAUUUUAAAAGAUGGCGGACGAAGUUGAACAGCAACAAACAACCAACACUGUAGAAGAGCCGCUGGACCUCAUUCGACUGAGUCUGGACGAGCGGAUCUACGUUAAGAUGAGGAAUGACAGAGAGCUGAGAGGCAGACUGCAUGCAUAUGAUCAACACCUGAACAUGAUCCUGGGAGAUGUGGAGGAGACUGUCACCACGGUGGAGAUUGAUGAAGAGACAUAUGAAGAAAUCUAUAAGUCUACGAAGAGGAAUAUUCCCAUGCUGUUUGUUCGGGGGGAUGGUGUUGUCCUUGUGGCUCCACCACUCAGAGUGGGGUAGAUUCUGUUUGUAUGAAUUAUUAGCCUUUUUUUUCCUCAAAUCAAGAAGGAUUUACUUUUGGGCUGCACCCAAACUAAGCAAGGGUUUAAUAAACAUUUUGUUUAUGAUAAGUAUACGCAAAAGCAACAUAGUAAAGUUUUUACAGUUGGAAUUGAGUUUGGGGUUGUACUAUUUUUGUAUUUUUAGUUUGUUAUUGAAGUCAGUUGCAUUGUCUAUGCACAAUAAAAAAGCAAAAUCAGUAAAAAA